CUCUUGGUGUCCGCUAGGAGGCUUGACUAACAAGGCAUUUGCCUGGACGCAAACAUUUAUGGCGUAAACUGUAAAAAUUAGAUGAAACGAUGCUUUAAAGGACACGAAUCGUUGCUGUCGGAGGAUUCGGCGUUUGAUGGAUACUCAAGAGGAAACACAUUUGAAAAGGUGGAUAUUGUGAGUAUGGCACCAGUAGAUAAUCAACGAUCAACAGUUUCCUCUCUAUUGGCCAGUCUAGUGUGCAUCUAUGAACUCCAUACCGCCCUCCACUUCUGCCGUCAGUAGCCCUGUCAGCUCCAUAGAUUCGCCACUGUCAGCCGUCAGCUCGUCCAUCAGCUCUCCCGGCGUUCCGGGCACCCCAUCCAUUGGCUAUGGACCCAUCAGCAACUCUCAAAUAAACUCUUCAAUGUCUGUGUCUGGGUUACAUGCUGUCAGCAGCUCUGAUGAUGUUAAACCCCCUUUUGUCUUGAAGUCUGUCAGUGGCUCUGGGCCAAUGCUGUCCCAGAAACGCAUGUGCGCCAUUUGUGGGGACCGUUCCUCUGGGAAGCAUUAUGGCGUGUACAGCUGUGAAGGCUGUAAGGGUUUCUUCAAACGCACAGUCAGGAAGGACCUGAGCUACACCUGCAGGGACAACAAGGAGUGUCUGGUCGAUAAACGUCAGCGUAAUCGCUGCCAGUACUGCCGCUAUCAGAAGUGCCUGGCCAUGGGAAUGAAAAGAGAGGCUGUUCAGGAAGAGCGUCAGAAGAAUAAGGAGCGGGAUGGAGACUAUGAAUGCAGCAGUUCAGCCAAUGAGGAGAUGCCUGUGGAGAAGAUCCUGGAGGCCGAGACAGCUGUAGAGCACAGAUCAGACUUGCACUCUGAUGCCACUGGUUCACCCAAUGAUCCAGUGACUAACAUCUGCCAGGCUGCAGACAAACAGCUGUUCACUCUGGUGGAGUGGGCCAAGAGAAUCCCUCACUUCUCUGAGUUGCCCCUGGAUGACCAAGUCAUUCUGCUCAGGGCUGGAUGGAAUGAGCUCUUGAUCGCUGCCUUCUCUCAUCGCUCCAUCAGCGUGAAGGAUGAGAUUCUGUUGGCCACAGGUCUACAUGUGCCCAGAGACAGCCCUCACAACUUGGGCGUGGAGGCCUUUUUUGACAGGGAGAGUGCACACAGUGCAGAGGUGGGAGCCUUAUUCGACAGGGUGCUGACUGAGCUGGUUUGUAAGAUGCGUGAUAUGCAAAUGGACAAAACUGAACUUGGCUGUCUGCGUGCCAUAGUUCUGUUUAACCCAGAUGCCAAAGGUCUGACAAGCAGCAGUGAGGUGGAACUUCUCAGAGAAAAGGUGUACGCGUCCCUGGAGUCCUAUUGCAAACAGAAAUACCCAGAUCAGCAGGGGAGGUUUGCCAAGCUCCUCCUCCGACUUCCUGCGUUGCGUUCCAUUGGCCUUAAGUGUCUGGAGCAUCUUUUCUUCUUUAAACUGAUUGGAGACACCCCCAUUGACACUUUCCUAAUGGAGAUGCUGGAGUCGCCCCACUAGCUGCGUCAGAGGAAGUUUGGGAGACAGGGUUUUUCUACCCUAGGUCCUGGAGAUAACUGUGACUGCACUUUUUCUUCCCAGGGGAAUUACAGCGAUUGGUCAGCCUCUGGUAUGGGGGUAUUUCUUUACUUUCUUUUUUUUUUUUUUUUUUUUUUUUUUUUUUUUUUUUUUUGUUCAGAUAUUUCUUUUCGUUUUCUCUUGACUAUCUCUUAAGUGCACCAUAGAGUCUAGAGACCCAAAACUUGCCAUGAAAAAAUUGUUGGUGCUACAUUUCAACAGUAAGCUAAUUCUUAUAUAUAUAAUAUAUAUCUUAUAUAUAUAUAUCUCAGAGAUUGCGUUAACUGAAAAUUUUCUGUCAUUGACAGAAUUUGAACAGUGACGGAAAAAUCUGAAGUCCGUCCGUCCUUUUGACAGAUUACACUGAGGGUGAUCGAUUGUAAAUUGUAACUGCAAUCCCACCUCUGUCCAGUUGGUGGCGAGUGCGCUCCAGUCUGGCAGCAGAGCAGGGGAUCCAGAACAACAAUGAAACUGUCACAAAUGUUUUCCUAUGCGUUUGAUUACACACAGGCGAGAAACAGAAGAUACAGUGAUCUAUCAUGCCACAUUAAAGAGCGCCAAAACUGUAUUUAUUGCUUGAAUUUCCUAAUGAAAUGAACAGAAUAUGAAAUCUGAGACUUUUUCAUAUCAAAAAUAACAAAAAGCCUAGCCUAUUGCUAUUUAUUGGAAGGCCUAAUAAUGAACAGUACACACUAUGUACUGUUCAUUCAUCAGCUGAGACACCAAAAUGAGAAUCUAUAAAAAUCGAGAAAUGUAUUUUGUUUUUAUACCCAGCAUAUUUUGUUGUUUUUAAACACUACAGUGUCGUCCUGUAGGUUCAUGAUUAAAGAUAAAAAUGUGAACAAAAAUAAAAGCAAGUAAAUGUGUUAUUCUAAUUCAAAUAUAACAAAUUAUAUAUAUAUAUAUAUAUAUAUCUGAGGUUGCGCUAGACUUCAGCAGGGUCGUAAAAAUUCUGUCAUAAUCUGUUAUUACCCGUCAUUUUAAUUUUCUUUUAUUUUUGUUCACAUUUUAGUUUUUAAGCAUGAACCUACAGGACCUCAGUGCACAGUGUUUACAAACAACAAAAUACAUUAGGGCUGGGUAAAAAAAAUGAAAUAAAUCAUAAAAUCAUCAAUUUUAAAAGAUUCUCAUUUUAAUGAACCAAUAUCGAUUCUUAAAUCACAAUCGAUCUCUUGGUCUAUGCUGUUUUCAGUUGAUGUUUGAAUAGUACAUAGUGCGUCUUCCUUCCAAUAAAUAGCAAUAGGAUUUGUGUUACUUUUGAUAUGAAACAAAGUCUAAGAUUUCAAAUUCAAUUUCCUUAGAAAAUUCAAGCAAUAAAUACGGUUUUGGCGCUCUUUAAUGUGCCGUGAUAAAUCGUUGUAGCUUCUGUGUACUCGCCUGUGCGUAAUCAAACACAUAGGAAAACAUUCGUAUCCCGUGCUCUGCUGACUGGAGCGUACUCGCCACCAACUGGACAGGAGUGGGAAUUACAGCUACAAUUUACAAUACGUCACCCUCAGUCUAAUCUGUCAAAAUGACGGACAGCCUUCAGAUUUUUCCGUCCCUGAAAAAAAAAAAAAAAUCCGUCAAUGACGGAGAAUUUUCGGUUAGCGCGACCUCUGAACAAGUUUUAAACUUAAAGUUUUUAAGUAUGGAAGCUCCAGUUACCUGACUGGUUUAGAUAAGUGGGGUUUACAUUUUGAUAGAACCAUUUGAGGCUUUUAAAACACUGUGGAUGAUAAGCUUUAAUUGUAUGUAAGUGUGCUUCACCAUCUCUUAAGUUUGGGUGCUUUCUUCCUGUACGGCUAAUUUAUUUUGCCUCGACCUGUAAGGACUGGUCAAGCGGGCGGAUAGAUGAAUGAAUUCAUUCGGUGUUCUAGGUUAAAAUUGACAUUUACUUUGCUAGUGUGAGAAAUCUGGCAAAGAAAUCUAUAUGCAAUGAAGCUUGAAAUGAUGCAAACAGAAAAAGACUAGAUGUUUAAUCUUCAAAAAAAAAAAAAAAAAAAAAAAAAAAAAAAAAAAAAAAAGCAAU